AUGAAGUUUCUCAGCGCCGAAUACUAUGCCGCAUGGGCUGGUCUUUUACUACUAGUGCCAGCCGUUUAUGCACGCCCACACUUUAAAUGCGGCAAGGUGAUCGCUUUUACACUCAAUAGACUUAUAAGUAUUGAAGAAGAUGAUGGAUUUACGAUGGCGAGGCCUAAUGAUCCUAGUGGUCCCAAUGGGGAAGAAUACUUGUCACACCGAUACAUCACCGUACCAGAAGGUGGAUUCUCUACUACCUACUUGGCUCAAGUAAUUGAUGAAUAUCCCUAUUUCCGAGCCUUUGAGAGAACUACACAAAUUUGGAAGCCAUGUGUAUUCAUAGAAGACUAG